AUGUUAAUAGAAUAUAAUACUCUAAAUGAAGAUAUUGAUUUUAAUUUUGUCGAUAAUGAGAAUAUUGGCUUUGCUUUUGAUGACAGUAGUGAUAUAAGUUUCAUUUCUGAUAAUAAUGAAAAUACAAAUAUUAAUAGUGAUGAUGUAAACUCUAAUAUUGAUUCAAGUAAUAAGAACACAUCUUUUAAAUAUAAAAAAAAUAAAGAUCAAGAAGUAGUUGCAAUUGUUUGUAAUAUUUGCAAGAAGAAAUGGAAACUGGGUAACACAACUAGAACUUUUGCAAUUCACUUUAAUAAUAAACAUCAUAGAAAUAUUUUUCUAAAACAGCAAACACUCUUACAUUUUGUGACUACACCAUAUACACCAAAAGAAGCAAAAUGA